AUGGGGGCCUUAUAUGUUAAUAUGUUCAAUGGUUGGUGUUUCACUACCAACAGUAGCAGCUGUAAGGGAGGGAGAAUUGUGUUAGCAUGGAAUCCAAAUGCUUUCACUCUUAGUGUUCUGAAAGUUACCAGUCAAUUGAUUCAUUGUUUGGUUUGUCCAAAAAGUGGGAGUGUGGAUUUUUGCUGUACUUUUGUCUAUGCUUUUAAUCAGAGCAAGGAAAAAGAAGAUCUAUGGAGGGAUUUGUGUGGCUUGGGUAUUGGUGUGCACAAGCCUUGGAUAAUUCUGGGUGAUUUUAAUUGUGUUCUAAAUAUAGAUGAAAGGGUGGGAGCUCCUGUGAGGCAUCAAUCAAUGGUUGCCUUUAGGAAUUGUGUAGAUAUAUGUGGUCUAGAAGAUGUUAAAGCUGCUGGACACUUCUACACUUGGAGUAAUAAACAAGCAGGGGAGGCUAAGGUGUUUUCUAAAAUUGAUAGGGUUCUGGCUAAUGACUUGUGGUUUCAGAAUUAUCCUAAUGCUGAAGCUGGAUUUUUGUUUGAAGGAGAAUAUGAUCAUUGUCCUAUUGUGCUUGCUGUGUACCCCUGUGAUAACAUUGCAAAGAAGCCUUUUAGGUACUUUGCCAUGUGGAAGUAUGCUGAAGGCUAUACUGAUUUGGUCAAGGUGAAUUGGUCAAAGGGUGUGGUUGGUACUCUGAUGUAUCAGGUGGUUCAGAAGCUAAAAAGAAUGAAAGGGGUUUUUAAAGAGCUGAAUAGAACAGGUUUCAAUGAUAUCCAUGCUGCUGACAAAAAAGCUAAGCAAGAUUUGGAUUUGUGUCAGAAGAAUCUUCACCUAGCACCUGGUGAUAGUGAGCUUGCUGAUAGAAAAGUUGAAGCUGCUAAGAGCAAAAAGAAGCCUGGGCAAAGGAUGGAGAUGAGAAUAGCUCUCUCUUUCAUAAAAGAAUUAGAGCUCGGAUUAUUCAUAACACAGUGCAUGCUAUCCAUGAUAUGCAUGAAUCUCUUGGGCACUAAAGCUUCUAGUAGAAGUCAUGUUAUGAUUGAUAUUGUGCAUGCUGGUCCAACACUUGAACAGCUGCAGAAAGACCAAUUAUUAGCCCCUGUCACUAGUGAGGAAGUCAAGUAUGCUAUGUUCUCUAUUAAUGGUGACAAAGCCCCUGGCCCAGAUGGGUUUGGGAGCUAUUUUUUCAGAGAAAACUGGAACAUAGUUGGGGAGGAUGUAACAAAGGCUGUUCUGGACUUUUUCCACACUGGAAAACUCCUAAAAGAGAUUAAUUCCACUACAAUCACUCUGAUUCCCAAGACAAAAUGUCCAAAAAAUGUUACUGGAUUCAGGCCCAUAUCCUGUUGCAAUGUAAUUUAUAAAUGCAUCACAAAAAUCCUCUGUGAGAGAAUGAAAUGUGUACUACCUAUGUUGAUAGUUGAGAAUCAAGGGGCCUUUGUGCAUGGUAGAUUUAUCAUGCAUAACAUAAUGAUGUGUCAAGAAAUUGUCAGACAAUAUGGAAGGAAGAAUGCAUCACCUGGUUGCUUGAUCAAAUUAGAUAAGCAGAAAGCUUAUGACACAAUUGAGUGGGAUUUCUUGGAAGAGAUGCUGCUUUCCUUGGGGUUUCAAGCUCAGUUUGUUAAUUGGAUCAUGGUUUGUGUUACAACUCCCAAAUUCUCAAUCAUGCUAAAUGGUUCAGCUCAAGGAUAUUUUGCUUCCAGCAGGGGGUUAAGACAAGGGGAUCCCUUGUCUCCUUUAUUGUUUGUAGUAUGUAUGGAAUAUCUGUUUAGAACUCUAUACAAGGUAGGUGAGGAUAGCUACUUUAAAUUUCAUCCAAGGUGUAGGUCUACAAAGUUGACUCACCUCUGCUUUGCAGAUGAUCUCAUCUUAUGCUGCAAAGGUGAGUUUCACUCUAUUCAGCUGCUUCUCCAAGGUUUCAAACUUUUUUCUGACACUUCUGGUCUGAAGGCUAACAUUCAAAAGUCAGCUGUGUAUUGUACGUGCUGGUAUGAAACCAGAGGUAGUUCAGCAGGAUUAGUUGAUAAAAUGAUGGCAAGAAUCAAGACUUGGAGUUCUAGGAACUUGUCUUUUGCAGGAAGGAUAACUCUUAUCAAUUCAGUCCUCUUAAGCAUCCACUCUUACUGGGCUCAAGUGUUUAUCCUUCCUAAACAUGUGCUUAAAAAUGUUGAAGCUAUCUGUAGAGCCUUUUUAUGGCAAGGCACUUACUUCUGUUCUAAACCAGGUUAUGUUGCCUAG